UUAAUCAUAGACUUAACUCAGAUCCUUCAAAUUCCUUGAAUUUGUGCGAGUGUACAAAGUAUGCAAGUGCAAGAACUGAUGCUAAGCCAAAGGGGUCUUGUUUCAGGGAAUAGAGCCAAAACAGCCCCGAGGAGGUACGACUUUUCACACAGCGCACUAACACACUGUUCUGUUUCUCCAAACGCCUGAAACUCGUCAGUGACUGAACAAAAUGAAGGCGGAGUCGCGCGCACAAAACGGCUCGCCGUGAUUCAUUUGAAGCCUCUGCGCGCCAGACCUGAUCGUGCUCACGUCGGAAAAUACAUCCACUGGUUUAUUUUGUGAUCAGUUCGAUUUUCGCCGGAACAGGAACAAUGGCAAACCAUUAUUUUCUAACUCUAUACCUACACUGUGCGUGUGAGAGUUACAGGAGCGCAUGAAGAGUGAAAGAAGGAGAGAGCAAUGAGGAGCAGCUUCAGACUCAAUUUAAUGGACUUAGCUGUCCUCAUUCUCCGCCUUCAGCUGAGUUUAAGGGCUCCACAAGUCUCAGUGCUUGCCAGCAGGGUGGUGGUGGAAGGCUGCCCACUAGGACAGUUCCCCUGUGGAAAUAUGAGUGUGUGCCUGCCACAGGUACUUCAAUGCAAUGGUCACAGGGACUGCAAAAAUGGAGCAGAUGAGGAACAUUGUGGUGAUAACAGUGGAUGGGCUGAUAUCUUUGACCGCACAAUUACAAAGAAACCACAAGAUCUCACUGAUGCCUGCUCUCUUCAGCAGUAUCCAGUUAGCUGCGAUUGCACCAAGACAGAAGUGGAAUGUGUGGGGGUGAACUUGCGUGUCGUGCCUCAUCUAUCCUCUAAUGUGACUUGGCUGUCCCUGAAAAGCAAUGACCUCAGAGAGCUUCCUGAUGAUGUCUUCUCUAAAUAUAUUGAUCUGCAGAGAUUGUUUCUUCAGAACAACAGCAUUCACACAGUGUCUAGUCGUGCAUUCAGUGGCUUAUUCAGACUGAGAAAACUGUUCCUAAGUCAAAACUUUAUCACAUCCUUGGGACCUGACGUAUUCAGCGAUCUCCAUAAAUUACAGUGGUUAGUCCUGGAUCAAAAUCCCCUGAGGAGCAUCUCUCAUGACAUUUUCACUGGUCUCAAGUCAUUAAUAUUUUUGUCCAUGGUAAACACUUCCCUGGUAGAGCUGUCUGAACUAAGCCUCUGUAAAUACAUGCCUCUGCUCAGCUGGCUGGAUUUUGCUGAGAACCACAUUAACGUGCUAAACUCCUCCACUUUCUUGGCAUGUAGUGAGCUUACAGUGCUAUCAUUGCGUGACAAUAAAAUCAAGACUCUUCCUGAAAACACUUUUCAGUCACUUCAAGCAUUGGCAGAGCUGGAUUUGUCCUGCAACAGGAUUGCAGAACUCCCCAACAGCAUAUUUGAGAAUUUAAAAUCAUUAUUGAAACUAAAUAUAUCCCACAAUCCUUUACUUCAUAUUCAUGCUGGUCAUUUUGAUCAUCUGGUUCAGCUUGAGUCUCUAGGGUUGGAAGACAUUGAGAUUCCUGCUAUACAAACGAAGAUGUUUCUCCCAAUGGGCAAACUGUCUUAUAUAUACUUUAAGGAUUUUCAAUACUGUUCCUAUGUACCACAUGUGCGGAAGUGCAAACCGAACACAGAUGGGAUCUCAUCAUUUGAAGAUCUAUUGGCCAAUGUGAUCCUAAGAGUGUCUGUCUGGGUCAUGGCCUUCAUCACCUGCUUUGGAAAUCUCUUUGUUAUCGGAAUGCGGUCAUGCAUUCCUGCAGAGAACAACCUACAUGCAGUGUGCAUCAAAGUCCUAUGCUGUGCAGACUGUCUGAUGGGUGUCUACCUGUUUUUUUUGGGUGUAUUUGAUGUGAAAUUCCGUGGUGAGUACAAUCGGAAUGCACUGCUAUGGAUGGAAAGCCAAGAAUGCCGCACCAUUGGCUUCCUGGCCAUGCUGUCUUCUGAGGUAUCCGUACUCCUCCUCACUUACUUGACCCUUGAAAAGUUUCUAGUCAUCGUGUUCCCCUUCAGUCAUCUACGACCUGGGAAGCUGCAGACUGGUGUAGUGCUGGUCUCCAUCUGGCUGCUCGGAUUGCUUAUUGCUGGUAUCCCUCUGCUUAGUGACGACCUUUUUGGCAACUACUAUGGACGCAAUGGAGUUUGCUUCCCCCUGCAUUCUGAUAGGCUGGAGAAGCCCACUGCUAAGGGUUACUCUACUGGAAUAUUUCUUGGGCUGAACCUGCUGGCUUUCCUUGUCAUUGUCUUCUGUUACUCCAGUAUGUUCUACUCUAUCUAUAAGACCGGUAUCAAUGCCACAGAUGUGCGCAAUCGCUUGCACAAAGAUGUGGUUGUGGCCAAUCGCUUCUUCUUCAUUGUGUUUUCUGAUGCCCUCUGCUGGAUUCCAAUAUUCCUGGUCAAAACACUCUCUCUUCUGAAGAUGGAAAUACCAGGCACAAUAAACUCUUGGGUAGUGAUCUUCAUCUUGCCCAUCAACAGUGCCUUGAACCCCAUCCUCUACACUCUGACUACCAGCUUCUUUAGGGAGCAGGUGGAACUGUUGCUGUGCCGCUGGCAACGCAGCUCGUCCUUCAUGAAAGACCGCAAGAGCCUCACUAGCACCACAAUCUACAUGGAACCUUCCAGGCACAUGUUUUACCAUUCAAAGGGCAAACUGUCCCAGGUCUCCUAUCCAGAUGCUCGAUAUAGCUGAUGUAGCAGAAAAGUUCUGACCUUAUCACCAGAUCAUUUGCAUUCUAUGUGAAUGAAAGGCUAUUGUACAUUAAAAUAAAAAAAAACUCCAGGGGAGUGUGCAAGUGGGAUAUAUGUAGCAACAUGGCUCUUGAUAUAUUUUCUCUCUCAAGAGGAUGAAUGCAAAAAAAAGUCAUCACUGUGUCAUUGAGGUACAAAACUGAGACAAGGGAGAUAAUUUCUCCAUCAAUGCGAUUAAAAUGGUACUGACCAUGCACUUCACAAAGUGCAGUAUGUCAUGUAAUGUCAGUAGGUCUUUUGAAUGCUCUUGAGCCAGUUCUUCAUGCAUUUUUAAACGAAUUAUCUAUAGAGAUUAUCUUUUCCACAUGUGCAUUAUUUAUGUCACAUUUCUUAUAAAUCAAUCAGAAACUGUAAAAAUCAUCUUAUUGAAUAUACUGUGCAGUUCACAAACAUCCUGAGGAUCACUACAAAGUUUUGAAUGUGGUUACAACAUUGCAUAAUUAUACUACAUAACACAUAACAUGACAUGUAUUACUAUAUGAUCCCAAGAUGUUAAUUCACUACCAUUAGUUUUGCUGUGCCACACCAAAGGAUCUUUGGUAGAGGUCGACCUAUAUGGGUUUUUCUCUGGCAGAUGCCAAUAUUUAGAAACCAGGACAGCCGAUGGCCAAUAAAUUAUGCCGGUUUUUUUUUUUGGACAAUUUUCUUUUUUCCAUGUCAUAAAAUCUAAUACUUAAUUAAUAAGACGUGAUACAGAAAAUUGCUUAAACAUUUAUUUUAUACUAUAAGCCUCUCUAAUCAGUGCACUUGUUACCAGGUAUUUGUACCUAAACCUACCUGUAGCCUAAACUACAACUGGGUGAAGACUCACUAACAAUACAGUUCCAAAAAGAUACUUGCGUUCUCUCUCCAAAUGUAGCAUCAUAUUUAACCAAUGAAAUAUAUAUAGCUAGAUUAAGAACGAAUGACACUCCAAGCUGACGGUCAGCCUUCAGGAAAUGUCGGGGGUCAAGUUUGAGUGCCGGUCAGAUGUAUUUUUUCUGCACCGUUAGCUCUGCUCGGAUGGCGAGAUAGAGAAUUUGACUGACUAUUUAGCUUAGCGAAUGAGCACACAGAAAAAAAAAAACCGGAACGCUAUUGCUGUCAUUCUUGCUCUUGCAACUUUGCAACUAAGCAGACAUUUAAAAAUAAAAAAACUACAUGAAUCUGUUAGUAAUGAUUGCUUCUUGCUUUAUAUUAUAAAGUUGUAGCUUUUUCGGUUUUCCUGUUUGGAUGCUGAAUAAAGACUACUGCCACCUGCUGGUAAAGAAGUUAUGUCCCUCACGCAAGCACAGAACAAAAGCGCACUAUUUGACAUGAUUUGGCCUACCUAAUAAUCGCCAUAAUUUGCAGCCCUUAAAAAAGAAAAUGGCAAAAAUCGUCUCGAAUAAUGGGCCAAUCUGUCGACCUCUAAUCUUUGUAGUCCAUUUACAAACCCAAGUUAAGGAUUUUUGUUCAGCUUUGUACUUUGUAUGAACAACAGCUGUACCUUAUACAUUUUAUAGGUCACAUUUCUUUAAGCUGCACUAAAUAGGUACUUAAUGAUGAUAUUCUAGUACUUUUCAGGUUAUUAUCUUGCCAUGCCACAUGUGUUGUUCUCUUUAGUAAUAAUAUGUUCUGAAUGUUUUUCUUUUUAUGUUGUCUUUGCCAUCUUGCCAUUUCUAUGAUCUCUUCAGCUUUUGUAUUAUAUUCCUCCCACUUGUGAGUGGGAAAUGAUGAUUAAAAUGAACAAGCUUCUUUGAAAAAGCGAUGUGCAUCUUAAAAAAAAAAAAAAGGAUUUUAAACAUAAAA